GCCAAUCGUGGGAGCGCAGUGUGAGGUAGAAGAGUCCGGUGUCAGGUGCUGACUGAUGUCCCGCCAUGUCUAAGCAAAAAACCCUCUUCAGCUUCUUCACCAAGUCUCCCCCUGUUUCCAGCAGCACCAAGUCCGGCAAAGUCUCGUCUUCCCCCACUGAGGCCGAUGUUCCCUCCUCUGGGGGCAAAAAGUCCAGCUCUUCCCCUAAAGAGGGAGCCAAGGAAAAGGCAGCGGGAGCCGCAGCGAGGACUCCUGGAGGGAAAGCUCCCAAAUCCGCAGCGCCCAGCACUGCCUGUGACUUCAACCCUGGAGACCUUGUUUGGGCCAAAAUGCUGGGUCAUCCUUGGUGGCCAUCUCUGGUCUACAAUCACCCAAAAGAAGGCACUCACUUAAGGGGCAAGGGGAAGUCCCUUCAUGUCCAUGUCCAGUUUUUUGACGACAGCCCGACAAGAGGAUGGACAGGUGCAAAAUAUAUCAAGCCUUUUUCAGGGUCCACUGCUGCAGAAACUCAGAAAGGAGGCAUGUUUUUUAGUACCAAACCAGAAAUAAAGAAAGCAAUGAAAAUGGCAGACGAUGCCGUGACACUAGACAAGCAAAAGCGCCUUGAAUUGGCUGUGUGCAUGGAACCUUCGGAUUCAGAGGAGGAUAUGGAGGUUGAAGAGAACUCUUCUGCAAGUCACGAUGAAGAAGUAAAAACAAAGACUCCAAGUCGGGAGAGUAAACGAAAAGGACAGCCCAAAAGAAGACGAAUUAUGAUAGAGUCUGACAGUGAUAAUGAAGGCUCUGAUGAUGAAUUCAAGCCAGAAGACAGUGCUAGUAGUGAUGAGGCCAGCAGUGGGGUGGAUGAAGCUGGACUGUCAGAACCAGAUUCUGAAGCUGAAGACAAUAGCCCAGUCAAGGUCCCAUUAAAGCGAAAAAGAGGGAUCCCUGACAAAGCAUCUGGCCCAAAAAAACGCUUGCAAAAUGAACAAUCUGAAACCCCCAAGAGAACAAGCAAUGUGUCUACAGAGGCCAAGUUAAAGUUAUCCUCCUUCUCUGCCCCUGAGUCAUUUGAAUCACAGGCAAACACUGGUGGGACUGGCGCGGUUUCUAUAUGGGAACAUGAGAAGUUUGAUUGGCUGCAAGAUGGGAAAAGAAAGGAUAUGAAACGUAAAAGGCAGACUGAUGCUGAUUACGACCCAAGCACCUUGUACAUUCCAGAUGAUUUCCUUAAUAAAUGUACUCCAGGCGUGAGAAAAUGGUGGCAGCUCAAAUCUCAGAACUUUGAUACGGUUAUUUUUUACAAGGUUGGCAAGUUUUAUGAACUUUAUCACAUGGAUGCUGUCAUUGGGGUGAAUGAGCUGGGCCUGACAUUCAUGAAAGGAACGUGGGCUCAUUCUGGCUUUCCCGAGAUUGCUUUUGGUCGCUUUUCUGAUGUUCUCGUACAGAAAGGCUACAAAGUAUCCAGAGUGGAACAAACGGAAACACCAGAGAUGAUGGAAGCCCGGUGCAAGUCAAUGUCGCAUCCAAGUAAAUUUGACAGGGUUGUAAGAAGAGAAAUAUGCAGGAUCAUUACUAAAGGGACACAGACCUACAGUGUGUUGGAUGGUAAUCCAUCUGAAAGCCAUAGUAAGUAUCUUCUGUGCUUCAAAGAAAAAAUGGACGAUUCCUCUGGUCAAAGGAGAGUAUACGGCGUCUCUUUUGUGGACACCUCCGUAGGGAAGUUUCACGUCGGUCAGUUUGAGGAUGACCGCCAUUGUUCACGCUUUAGAACUUUGGUGGCCCAUUUCCCUCCAGUUCAGAUCUUGUUUGAGAAAGGCAACCCUUCUUCAGAUACAAAGAAAGUUUUGAAGAGCUGCCUUUCGACCUCUAUCCAAGAAAGCUUGCAGCCUACAUCUCAGUUUUGGGAUGCCUCCAGAACACUAAAAACAUUAGCUGAAGAAGCUUACUUUGAAAAAGACUUUCAGCCUGCCGCUGGCAAUGGUAACCUGCCGUCUGUUUUGAAAAGCAUGACUUCAGAAAGUGACUCCUUAGCACUUACUCCUGGUGAAAAGUGCGAAUUGGCUCUUUCGGCACUUGGAGCCUGUAUAUAUUACCUGAAAAAAUGUCUUAUCGACCAAGAGCUGCUCUCCAUGGCAAACUUUGAAGAAUAUGUUCCUGUGGAUACUGAUGUAGAAAAAGCCCAGACUUCAAGUAAUUUCUUUGCCAAGACAAGUCGGCGCAUGGUUCUUGAUGGAGUGACGCUUACAAAUCUGGAAAUCCUCCAAAAUGGAACAAACGGUUCUACAGAAGGGACGCUGUUGGAAAAACUAGACACUUGCUCUACCCCUUUUGGAAAGCGUCUCUUAAAACAGUGGCUCUGCGCACCCCUUUGUAAUCCAUUCUCCAUUAAUGAUCGUUUAAAUGCAGUGGAAGAUCUCAUGGGCCUUCCUGGGAAAGUGUCUGAGGUUAGCGAGCUCUUAAAGAAGCUGCCCGAUCUCGAGAGGCUGCUGAGCAAGAUUCACAGUAUUGGUUCUCCACUUAAAAGCCAGAACCAUCCAGAUAGCCGGGCUGUCAUGUAUGAGGAGAUCACUUACAGCAAGAAGAAGAUUGCAGAUUUCUUAUCUACCCUGGAGGGGUUCAAAGUCAUGAGAGAAGUGAUCAGUAUUAUGGAAGAUGAUGUUGCUCAUUUUAAGUCAAGUAUUCUCAAACAGAUUGUUUGUGUUAAAGAUAAAGCUUCUCAUGGGCGCUUCCCCGAUUUAUCGGCCGAGCUGAAGAGAUGGGAUACGUCCUUUGAUCACGAGAAAGCCCGCAAGACCGGUGUGAUCACUCCAAAAGCGGGUUUCGAUCCGGAUUACGACGAAGCGUUGAAAGAUGUCAAACAAGCCGAGCAAGAGCUUAACGAGUAUUUGGACAAACAACGCAAACGACUCGGCUGUAAAACCGUCGUCUAUUGGGGGACGGCCAAGAACCGAUAUCAAAUGGAAAUUCCCGAGAACAUCGCUGACCGCAAUCUGCCUGAAGAGUACACGCUAAAAUCCACCAAAAAAGGGUUCAAGCGCUACUGGACCAAGGCAAUUGAAAAGAUGUUUGGAGACCUGGUGAACGCAGAGGAACGUAGGGAUGCCGCGCUUAAGGACUGCAUGAGGAGGCUCUUCUAUAACUUUGAUAAAAACUACAAGGAAUGGCAGACUGCUGUGGAAUGCUUUGCCGUGUUAGAUGUUCUGAUAAGUUUAUCUCAGUACAGUCAAGGAGGGGACGGGCCGGUGUGCAGACCAGAGAUAGUGCUACAGGAAAAUGGGUCGCCGUUUUUGGAGCUGAAAGGUUCACGACACCCCUGCAUCACAAAAACCUUUUUUGGGGAUGAUUUCAUUCCAAAUGACAUUCUUGUUGGCUGCAAGGAGGAGGAUUCUGUUGACGGCAGUGAUGAGGCUCACUGUGUGCUCGUCACCGGGCCAAACAUGGGAGGCAAGUCGACCCUUUUGAGACAGGCGGGUCUCCAGGUUGUUAUGGCCCAGUUGGGAUGUUACGUGCCGGCAGACUCCUGCAGACUGACUCCUGUCGACCGGGUCUUCACACGACUCGGAGCAUCUGACAGAAUCAUGGCCGGUGAAAGCACGUUUUUCGUGGAAUUGAGUGAAACGUCGAGUAUACUGCAGCAUGCAACGGAACAUUCCCUCGUGCUUCUCGAUGAACUUGGAAGAGGCACGGCUACAUUUGAUGGCACAGCUAUAGCGGGUGCGGUUGUGAAGGAACUGUCUGAAAGCAUCAAAUGCCGAACUUUAUUUUCCACACACUACCACUCCCUGGUGGAGGAUCACUCUCACAGUCAGUCUGUACGUCUCGGGCACAUGGCUUGUAUGGUGGAAAACGAAUGCGAGGAUCCGAGUCAGGAGACCAUCACGUUCCUUUACAAGUUCAUUAAGGGGGCGUGUCCUAAAAGCUACGGCUUUAACGCUGCCAGGCUGGCUCACAUUCCUGACGAAAUUAUCCAGGUCGGCCAUCAAAAAGCAAGAGAAUUCGAGAGUCUUACCCUUUCCCUCAAGCUCUUCAGAGAACUCUUCCUCGCACUGGACAACGGUUCCCCCGAGGGCCUCGCUCUCCACAAGCGGCUGAAGUUGCUCCAAUAACGUGUCCCACUGCUUUGUUUACUCACACACGGGUCUCAUCUAAUAAACUUUAUUUUUUAAAAAUGA